AUGACAGUGGCGGUGUUUUUCGGCUGUACGUUCAUCGCUUUCGGGCCAGCAGUCGCUUUGUUCCUGUUUACAAUCGCCAGGGACCCGCUGCGCGUGAUCUUCCUCAUAGCAGGGGCUUUCUUCUGGCUGGUGUCUUUGUUGCUGUCCUCUCUUGUGUGGUUCAUCACAGUUCAGAUCAGCAACAAGAACAGUGCAGCUCAGCAGAGAGGGCUGCUCAUCUUCGGGGUUGUGCUCUCUGUGCUGCUUCAGGAGGCAUUCAGAUAUGGUUACUACAGAUUGCUGAAGAAAGCAAAUGAAGGCCUGUUGGCGCUCAGUCAGGAGGACACCAUGCCCAUCUCCAUGCGGCAGCUAGCUUAUGUGUCCGGUCUGGGCUUUGGCUUCAUGAGCGGAGCGUUCUCUGUGGUCAACAUACUCUCUGAUUCCUUGGGACCGGGAACCGUCGGUAUCCAUGGCGACUCUCAACAUUACUUCAUAUCCUCAGCUUUUAUGACACUGGCCAUUAUCUUGCUGCAUAUGUUCUGGGGGGUUGUUUUCUUCGAGUCAUGUGAGCGACAGAGAUGGUGGGCUCUUGGAGCGGUGGUCAUCAGUCAUCUAGUAGUAUCAUGUCUGACAUUUGUGAAUCCACACUAUCAAGGCAGUCUGGUCCCGACCUACAUCAUACUGUCUGUCAUGGCGGCCUGGGCGUACUUGUGUGCUGGAGGUCACCUUACGUUUUAUAAGUGA